AUACAGAUGAGAUGUUGCCUCACUUCCUGGAGCCGAUCCCAAACAAGACGGUCGUGGUUGGGCGUGACGUGAUCCUACCUUGCUCCGUCGACAACCUUAAGGGCUUCAAGGUGGCUUGGAUCUUCGUAGAGACGCAGACCAUCCUAACCAUUCACCACACCAUCAUCACCAAGAACCCUCGCUUCACCCUGGCCAGGAAUGACCACAAACACUGGUACCUCAAGAUCUCCGACGUAAGGCCCAGUGAUCGCGGCAAGUACAUGUGUCAGGUCAACUCCGAUCCCAUGAUGAGCCAGACCGGAUUCUUGGAUGUUCAGGUACCGCCGGACAUCAUUGACGACGAGAGCAGCUCGGAGGUGGUGGUGAAGGAAGGGCAAGACGUCACCCUGGAGUGUAGGGCAAGAGGGUCACCUAAACCUGUUAUAUCGUGGAAGAGGGAGGAUGGUGGCAAGAUUGACAUAAACAACGGCAUUAAUUUGAAGGUGACGGAUUCAGAAGUUCUCCAUAUACCCACUGUGUCUCGUCUCCACAUGGGGGCGUAUCUCUGUAUCGCCUCCAACGACGUGCCGCCCUCCGUCUCUAAGAGGAUCAUUCUUCAAGUGCAGUUUCAGCCUGUGUUGUGGAUCCCUAACCAGCUAGUGGGCGUGGCACAGGGUAUGGACGUUACGCUGGAGUGCCACACAGAAGCCUUCCCUCGCUCAAUCAACUACUGGACCGAUGAUAAGAGCCAGAUGAUUCUCUCUAGCGCAGGUGGGCGUUUUGACAGCAUCGUGGCGGAGAACGGUUACAAGGCCUACAUGAGACUUAAGAUUAAAAAUGUUCAGCCGGAGGACUUCAUGUCGUACCGCUGCUUCGCCAAGAACUCCUUCGGGGAGACUAACGGCAGUGUCAAGGUCUAUGAGAUCCCACGUCAGCUAUUGGUCCACGUCCCCGAUCCUAAGAAGGAGGAGGAAGAGGAGAAGAAGGAAGAUGAGGAAGAGAAGGAGGCCAGGGAACACGAACCACAGGGAGAGAACCACACCAAGAACUUCAGGAGGAAGGAGGGCCCAGUUGGAGGGACCGACGGGAGAUCUGGGGGGCGACGCCACGACCCUGACGACGACAUGGUUUCUACCGUAACUCCUGAUGGUGUUAUUGAGUUCGAUGUUCAGAAGCUGCUGGGCAAGAACAAGAAGAAAGAUCCGGAAGAGGAGGAAGAGGAGGACCACAACACGUCGGGGAUGCAGUUUGGUUCCUUUCCUUCCCUUCAUAACCAUCCUUCGUCAGCCAUCUCAAGUAUCCACACCUCCAUCCUCAACGUCAUCCUCAUCAGCCUGUGCUCCUUACUCACUGGCCUCCUGGUGGCUAGGGAGUAACGCUGAGGAGGAGGGGGGGUCACACAGGGCCAGUGUUGUGAUAUGUGAUAGGCGUCGAACCUUGUGUUGAACCAGUAUGGGGACAUGUGUUUUUGCUGUCCCUGCUACGUGUCCGUGUCUGGCAGUUGGUACGUGCCACUACAACCACCUGUGUCACGGUCUAUCAGCUGACACGUACCGCUACACCAACAUGCUAAGGCGUGUACCUAGUUGGCUGUCUACGGUACUAAUAAAUGUUUGGGUGUGUAACUACGGCUGUGUAACUACUAUCAAGAGUGUGUACCGUCAUGUGGAAGACCGUAACGCUGCCAGACAACUCGUACUCUCUGCCAACCAUACGUGUUUGUGAUACAGCCCUAUAUCAUUCUUAGAUGUAAUUAACUUAGGUAAUCCAGUAGCUCUGUGACUCACCUGUAGCCAAGAGGAGCAGGUCGAGCACCACCUACCUCCUCCCUUGCCUUGUGUUUCCUUUAUUACCAUUAACCUCUAUCUACCCUUCGCUUCUUCUUCCUCCCUCUGUCUCUUCAUCCAGCACUAGUUAUCGCCUCCCUUUCCUCAUGUCUCCUUUAUUAUCUUUCUCUUUGUCCUCCCUCUUCUGUCUCCAUGAUUAUCACUACACUCUUCUCUCCCUCCCUGUGUCCCUUCUUCCUCUCUUUGCCAUGCCUUUAUUCUUUGUUGUGUCACCUCUUUCCUUAUCCUUUGCGCUUUCUUCUCCCUCUCUUUAUUCUCCCAUGCUUUCUUUUCUCUUCCCCCCCCCUCCUCUUUCUCUCACGUCAGCAAUGGUGAAAACUUGCCCACUUUCUAAUGGCUGAAAAAUUGUCCACCUUCUUAUUGGUGAAAGUUUAACCUCAGCAUUCUCUUAUACACUCUCCUUGACGUCACUGUAGGAACAUAAUACAUCUUCACUAUAUACUGUAUACCUCAUGUUGAGUGUGUGUGUGUGUGUGUGUGUGUGUGUGUGUGUCUAGGAGGAACAUUCCACAUAUUUCCAACUUUAUUUCUUAUCAUCAUCAUAUAACCCUCUUCCUCCUCCCCCCUCUCCCCUCCCCUCUUCCUCCUCCCCCUCCCCUCCUCCCCCUCUACUUCGUCUUCCUCCUCCUGACAGACAAACAUGAAAUAAAUAAUUAACACACCUGGAUUAAUAAAACACAAUUAUGAAAGUUUCUCCAAUUUGCCUGUUUUAUGCAUAUCAGUUUGGAUUUAUGGGUUGACGUACACAGUGGUUUUAAACUCUUCCUAAACCAUUAUGACCGCGUAAGACCACCCCCAGACCAAUUUAGGCCAUUUGUGACUACUGUGAGAUCUUCCCAGGCCAUUGUAGACCAUCUAUGACCGUGUAAGACCAUUCUAGACCACAGAGGAACAUUCCAAGACGCGCCGGACCAUCCGUGACCAACAGUGAGAUACCGCGGACCAUCCAUAACCGUGCCAGCGUCUGUGUAGCUCGGAGGAAGUUGUGUGUUUUGGCCAGUGACGGGUCUCUCUCUCUCUCUCUCUCUCUCUCUCUCUCUCUCUCUCUCUCUCUCUCUCUCUCUCUCUCACACACACACACAGAGCCAAAAUACAGAGUUUGUUUUGUUUUUAGUUGAAUUACAUGUUUUAAUUGAUUUUUUUUAUUAGUAAUAUAUAAGGAUGUGAGUACCAUUAAUUACAUGGGGGAUAAUUACUUUUAAUUACCUUUAAGAUAUAAUUUUAAUUACCUUUGGGAGGAAAACACAUUAUAUUACUAUUUUUAAUUACUUGGGAAAUAAUGACUUUACUUUACCUUAAGAGUCAAUUGCCUUUAAUUACUUGGAAUAUAAAUAACUUUAAUUACCUUGAUGAUAAUUACCUUUAUACACCUUGAGGUUAAUGAGGUUUAUAUAUGUAAUAAUUCCUUCCAUUAGAAAUAUGAAGGCAUUAUAUAAUUACUAACACCAAUUAUUUUUAUUUCCACACCAGUAUUAUAAUAUGGUAUAAUUAUCUAAUGUGAAUAUAACAAACAUAUAAUUUGACCUUGCUUAAGAUUAUAUCGACAUACGAGUACAUAUAA